GUAUGAUAACAAUAAACAACCAGAGACAAGAGAACCGGACCAGCACGGACCUGUCGCUGUAACCCAAGAAACUAACCCAAAAUGAGCCGAGACAGCCACAGUCAUUUGGAGUGACGCCUCAUCGCGUAUUUUAGAAGUCAGGUCGAUCUUGACAAGGGUUUUUUUAGUGUUUGUGUUUUACUAGGGAGAAGAGCUGCUGUUUCUCCUUCCCUAGCUCCUGCAGCUAGCUGUGGGUCAUUCCUGCUUCUGCACACUUGGUUUUAGUCUGUUAUGCAGUUGUCAGAGAGCUGUGCUCCCACUGGUUCUCCUUGUCUCCCCCCGCUGUGUCCGGCCCCAUGUCUCGCUGGCUGUUCCCCUGGUCGGGCUCCAUCAAGAAGCGGGCCUGCCGGUACCUCCUGCAGCACUACCUCGGACACUUCCUGCAGGAGCGGCUGAGCCUGGACCAGCUGGGCCUGGACCUGUACAACGGUAGUGGGGUCAUCAAGGAGAUCCACCUCGAUGUGUGGUCGGUUAAUGAGCUGUUGGAGUCUCUCGGGGCUCCUCUGGAGAUAGUGGAUGGCUUUGUGAGCAGCAUCACGGUGACCAUUCCUUGGCAAGCCCUCCUGACUGAUCACUGCACUUUAGAAGUUACUGGUCUCCAGAUAACAUGUCGACCCAAGUACCGAACAAGUGGGGGCUGGGACUCACAAGGCUGGUCAUCCAGCAUGACCUCCAGCAUGCAACUAGCUCAGGAGUGCCUGAAGGACCCACCGGAGGCAUGUGAGGAGCCGCCUGCCCCAUUGGACGGCCUUGAGAUGUUUGCACAGACUAUUGAGACGGUACUCCGUCGCAUCAAAGUCACUUUUCUAGACACUAUUGUCCGCAUCGAGCACCAGCCCUUGGACCUGGAAACGGGCGUUGCCUUAGAAGUGCACAUCAAACGGCUGGAGUACUUUGAUGAAGCAGUGAGAGAUCCAUCCAGCCAGACUGCCGUGCCUGUUGACAUCCACCAACCGCCUGCCUUUCUGCACAAGAUCCUCCAGCUGAGCGCCGUUCAGCUGUUCUAUGACGGCACUGGCACUUCUCAGGGUCAACCUCAAGAGCAGUGUCCAAAUUCCACCGCAGCAAGUGAAGGAGAGGAAGAAGAUCAAGAUGAGGAGGAGAAAAAGGAGGAGGAGGAGGAAGCCAAGCCCCUGGAGGACACUCCCUGUCCUCCAUCCCAGCCACUGCUCAUAGGAAGCUGCUCUGGUUUUAUUGAAACCACUGUCAAGAUCAAACAAAAUGACAUGCUGCCUGGACCAAAGUUGGAGUUGGAUGGGAAGGUCGGCUGUGUCCACAUGCUGCUGGCUCCAGAUCAAAUAACCCACCUGACAGACCUGCUGGCAGCCCUCUGCAUAGAAACUGAGACAGAGAUAAAGCGUGGUGGAGUACACAGUCGUCCGUUAGACUCAGACGACCUGCGUAUGAUUGAGGAGGACCUCAGUAAGCAGCUUGGAUCCAGUCCCAGGGACCGAGAGUGGGAAACUGAGCCAGACCUGGAGCCCUAUCUCACCAGCCUGGAAAAUGGAGAAAUGUUUUACUCCAUGGGUCCAGCUGGGAUGAGCGGUAGUGUGUCAUCGGUCCGGUCCGGCAGUGAAAUGUCCGACAGUGACAUGGAGUCGUCCACACGCAGUCUAACCAACCUCACACAGCCGGCAUCGCUGUCUGCACAGGGUUUGGUGAACUGUCCUCGGAGAUAUCCUGUAGCGGGCUGCAUGUCCAGUCUGCCGCCGGCCGGCCGGACCAGAGGACGUUCACACAGCGGCCAGGGGGAGCGGCUGAAGCCUGACGCGCUGCUGCGACUGACUCUUGGCGGACUCACCCUGACCCUGCUGAAGGAGGACCCGGUACCUAAGGCUGACGGAGCUUCAUCACUGGCUCAGGUGUCUCAGGUGUUUUUCCGGGAGCUGGCCUUUUUCAAAGACAGCAUGUUUAGCGAGAGAGACUUCCAACAUCUGAGGGGUGGCUUUGCCAAGGCCUGCCCUCUAUCUCAUUUGAGAAUGACCGGGGCAGCAGUGCAGGUUGCCUUUGAGAUGCGCAGCGGGCAACGCCACUGUCGGGCCGUGACCUCCGACAUUUCAUUUAGCAGACUGGAACUGUUGGAGUGCAUCUGGCAGGAAGGAAAGCCUCAGUACUGCGAGUUGCUCCAGUUCCAAAAAGCUGGUCUAUUUGCAGUUGGAGCUGCAGCCAGACCGUGUGCUCAACUGCACUACAGCCUCAUUGAAAGACACCGGCGAAAGGGUAAACAGCGGAUAGUGAGGCAUGACAGUGUGGUGCAGGUGGAGCUGGCCGAGCUCAGCGCUGAGCUGGACCUGGACAUCCUCAGCCGCCUCAAGAGCCUCAGCAAAGCCUUCGGCCACUGUCCCUCCCAGACUGCAGCAUCGGGAGUCCUACAGACUCAGAGCACUGAGGUUUAUUCUUCCUUCACCCUCCUGUCCCCCCAUGCGGUCAUCAGGCUUCGUUUUCCCAUACCAGACCUACGGCCUCUCCCUAUCCGACGACCCCCGACGCAAAGGACGGUGAGGGAGGAGACCUUGGUGUUGGAGUUAAUGGAACUGGAGCUGAAGCACCAAGAGGCUCCAGACCUCCAGAGUAACCAGGCUGGCCAGGGGCAGCCCGGGUCUCCCUGUCUCACCCAGCUGCUGGAGGCCUCCUUCACCGACCUGCACGGGUCAUAUGAGGGCUGGGAGGGAGGCUCUUUCCCCUGUAUCAGAGUCAAGAAGAGCCAUGAAUCUCUCCCCAGGAUAUCGGUGCGUGUGCGUGGAGGGGAGGCGCAGGGUCCUGCAGCAGGUCUGAGUGGGAUGAACCUGGGCCUCCUAAGGGACCUGGGGACAGCCUUCUUUGACAGUCACUGUGAAUUCAACGACAAAACCAGCUCUCCAUUUUCUUCCAACCGCACCAUGUUUGAGACCGAGGAGAUGGUGAUUCCUGCUGACCCAGAGGAGAUGCUUCAGUUUCAGGAGCAGUGUGUUGCUCAGUGUCAGUGCGCUGUGGACAUCAGCCUGCCGCUGGCCUACAUCCUUCUCCCCAGCAAACAGGCUUUCCAGAGCAUCUACAACAGGAUCAAUAAUGAUCUUUUGAUGUGGGAGCCACCUCCCCCUCCUCCCCCUUCAGCCCACAGCCCCGUCCAGAGUCGCCAUCAUCGUGACGAGUUCCAGCUGUGCAAGUCCGCAUUUAGACUGGACUCUGAUUCAGAAGAGGAAGAAACUCAUUUCUACUUGGCCAGCGACUCAUCUGGAAAGAUGCAGCAGUCUGCUUCUCACCACAGCUUCAGCCUCCUCUCCCUCACUGUGAUUAUCGGAAAAGGUCGUCUCCAAGCCAGAACUGACAAGAAGGAGGACCAAAGUCAUGGAGAGAUUGUGCUCGAUCUGGAGGGAGGAAAGAUAUUCAGUGUGGCACAGCAUCAAAAUGACCCCAAUCUUAAUUUCCUGUGUCUUGAGAGCAGACGAGUGGAGCUGUAUCAUCGAGGUGUGGUGAAAGACACCCCUCUUCCCCAGCGGCUGGAGCUGCCCAGCUUUACUCCACCAAAGCAUUUGGACCCCACCAUCUACCCCACAGAGGUGGGAGUGAGCAGUGUGAGCGGCAGGGAGGGAGUGCCACAGAUGUUGUCCACGGCCAUCCAAAUCACACUGGACCCACAGAGAAAUGUGAAGGAGUUCCUGGUUGCCCUUCAACUUCAAGGGGCCACCAUGCGACAUUACAUGAUGCAGAGCAGUCAGAGCUGGCAUGAGCAGCUUGUGGACUUUCUGGAUGUCGUUGAUGAUCCCAUUCUGGGAUACACGGCACCGGCUGUCAUCACUGUCCUGCACACACAUCUCGCUACCUGUGCCAUAGACUACAGGCCUCUGUAUCUGCCCCUGCGAGUGGUAUUCACAGCCGAGUCCUUCUCUUUGUCCAGUAAUAUCAUUGUAGAUACGGCCACUUUCCACCUCAGAUUCAUCUUGGAUGAUUCGGCUCUCUACCUCUCGGACAAAUGUGAGAUUGACACAGUGGACUUGAGGAAAGACUAUGUGUGUGUUCUGGACAUUGACCUGCUGGAGCUCGCCAUCACCACAUGGAAAGGCAGUGAUACUGGGAAGCUGUCUCAGCCUCUCUUUGAGCUCCGCUGCUCCAACAACGUCGUUCACCUUCAUACAUGUGCAGACUCCUGCGCAGCCCUCAUCAAUUUCCUGCAGUAUCUUGUCUCCCAGGGUGACCUGCAGCCCCCGCCCCGCCAAACGUCUCCCACUGAAAUUGCUGGCCAGAAAUUACCGCUGUCAGAGAGUCCUGCGUCCUUGCUGCCCUAUCCUCCCGCUGAAACCGCAGAGAUCAACCAGUACGACCUGGCUGACGCCUUAAUCGACACAGAGAGGAGCCACAAAGAAGAGAGUUUAGAAGGUUCCCCCUCGUUGCAAAGAGGCUCACCCGUGUCGGUCUACUUGUUCCCUGGUGAAGCCUCAAAGCGUAAAGCUGUCCUGCAAACGGAGGACUCUGAGCUUGAUGGACUGGUUGCUACAGCAACAGAGGCACAAGCAGAUAUGAUGUCAGACAAAGGCUCGGAAGGGUCCACCGACAACGAUGACUUCUGCAUCCUGGAGGCCCCUGGCAUGGGCAUACCUCCCAGAGAUGGAGAGCCCGUGGUGACGGUGCUGUCGCAGGGCCCUGUCCGGGUGAAGGACAAUCAUUUUUCCAGACCUCGAGGAAGCUCGGACCUGCUGCGGGCCCCGAGCCGCUUCCCUGUGCCGCAGAGCAGGGUGGUGCUGCGAGAGAUCUCUGUGGUGUGGCAUCUCUACGGGGGCAAGGACUUUGGUGGAAAGCCCAUGUCCAUACAUGCCCAGACAGCAAACAGGGGUCGUUCAGUCCCUGCUGGUGUUCGCGGGUCGCCGUCUCGCUCCGUUGGCUCCUCUCGUCCCCAGAACUCCUGGCGCUGGGCUGGAGGAAGUGGUCGUCAGCACACACUGUUGAUGGAAAUCCAGCUUACCAAGGUGUCGUUCCAGCACGAGUCGUACCCAGUGCCAGGGCAGGAUGGGGAGGGCUCAGCGGCCACCAACGUCGGGCUCUUCCCAGGUGGCGAGCAGCCCCUCUCCAGGCAGGUGUUCAUCGUCCAGGAGCUGGAGGUUCGAGACCGGCUGGCCUCUUCACAAAUCAACAAAUUCCUCUACCUCUACACAAGCGAGAGCAUGCCCCGCCGAGCACACUCCAACAUGCUGACAGUGAAGGCCCUCCAGGUUUCUCCAGAAUCUGGCCUGGGUGGUCCGGAGUGUUGUCUACGAAUCAGCCUGCUGCCUCUGCGGCUCAACAUCGAUCAGGAUGCACUGUUUUUCCUGAAGGACUAUUUUAGUAACCUAGCCUCAUCUGUAAACCCUUAUCUGCCGGUGGAUCCUGCAGCUGAAGUGAAGCCAGAUCCCUCCCAGAAUGGGUGCGAGGAGGCGGAUGCUGCUGCCGGCCUGGGACCGGACCUCUCGGCUUCUGUUGAAACCACGUACAGUGAACAGAGCUGCUCUUCUGCCGGCUCCUCCUCCUCCUCUGACCAACCAAUCUACUUCCGGGAGUUUCGUUUUACCUCUGAAGUGCCUAUCUGGCUGGACUAUCAUGGCAAACAUGUUGUCAUUGAGCAGGGGACGUUUGCGGGGAUCCUGAUCGGUCUGGCUCAGUUAAACUGUUCUGAGCUCAAGCUGAAGAGGCUCAGCUGCAGACAUGGUCUCCUGGGUGUAGACAAAGUGAUUCAGUACGCUGUCACAGAGUGGCUCACUGACAUCAGGAAGAAUCAGUUGCCGGGCAUUCUGGGAGGCGUUGGCCCCAUGCACUCUGUUGUUCAGCUCUUCCACGGAGUUCGAGAUCUGUUCUGGCUGCCAAUAGAGCAGUACAGGAAGGAUGGACGUAUUAUCCGAGGCCUCCAGAGGGGGGCAGCCUCCUUUGGAACCUCGACGGCGUCUGCUGCUCUGGAGCUUAGCAACAGGCUGGUGCAGGCCAUCCAGGCUACAGCGGAGACCGUGUAUGACAUCCUGUCCCCGACGCCUCCUCUGAAUCGCUUUGCUAUUACCGAGGGUCGGGCCCCUUCAAGUCGAUAUCGCAGAGCCGUCCAGCCUGCAGACCUCCGAGAAGGAGUGGCCAAGGCCUAUGACACCGUCAGAGAGGGAGUGAUUGACACUGCUCAGACCUUGUGUGAUGUAGCAUCCCGUGGCCACGAACAGAAGGGUCUCCCUGGCGCCGUGGGCGGAGUCCUGAGGCAGAUCCCACCCACCGUAGUCAAACCCUUAAUCGUGGCCUCCGAGGCGACCUCCAACCUGCUCGGGGGAAUGCGAAACCAGAUCAAACCAGAUGCCCGGAAAGAGGACUUCCUCAAGUGGCGCACGGAGGACACUCAAGAAUGAGAACCGCAUUUCUGUGUUGGUGUGAGCAAGACUGAAUGUGUGUAUGUGCAGUCACAUGUAUAUGUGGAAAGUGUCUUGGGUAGGGAUCCAUGUGCUGAAUGUUGAUUUGUUUGUGGACUGAUGAAAGUUGACGUGUGCUCGGAUGCAAAAAAAAAAACUGGUUAUCAGCAGUGUUUCAUUUGGCUUCAACAAACAUGUUCGUACCCCAUUUAAUUAUUCUGUUCUUCACAAACGAGAGCUCUCCUCAUAUUUGUCCUCUCAAUCUGCAGAGUGUUGCAAACAUAUCACUUUUUCUCGCAAUUAACUUUGUUUUAAGCCAAACAAGGUGCGCCGAGAGGGAAGUUUAUAAGGAACAAGAAACUUUAUUAUGAGAUCAACAUGUCUUUGUUUUUGUCAUAAAACUGUCACAGACUUUGGAAGUUGUGGUUCUGAUUAACCAGUCGCAGGCUGGAAACUGGUUCACCAUAGGGAGUUUGCCGCAGAUAAAUGGAUCCGCUUUGUCUGUGCUCAUGAUAGAAUCAGGGAUAAUAUUUUUGAAGUGUCCUUUGCUACCACCCUUACUGUGCUCACAGAUGGUGUUCAUCUGCGUCACUGGUUUAGCUCUGACCCCACUAUGCACCUGCUCCCCUCAGUGCUGUCAUUUGUGCCAUAAACCCUGCAGAGUGCUCUUUUACGUAGUUUCUUUCGCCUUCCUCAAACAUAAACCCUCCCUACUGAAAGUGUAACACAAUGAGUAGAAACACAUGAAGUCUCUCGAUUCUGUAGCAUAUUUGAUUAUUUUAAAGUUCACAAAUUGAAUCUUUUUACGGACUGAUGCCAGAUAAAAGUUCUUGUACCUGUAUAACAUCUGUGCUUGAAUGCCCAUGGACAGUUAAACCCCAGAUUAUGAAAUCUGCAUCAACCCAAUCAAAGUUUUUCUUUACCUGCAUUGUUACCUGCCUUCCUGUAUAUUUUUUUUUAUGUUCCACUAUUCUUUUUUUUUGUUAAAACAUUGGUAUUGUCAUACUCGUUUCAAAAAAAGCCUAAGGAGGAUGGGAAUCUGUUAACAAUAGAGGAAGAAAGAUUAGGGGUUUUACAUUUUUACAUUUUUUUUUGUUCGAUAAGUGUAAGGGAUGUGUGUCCCUGUAUGUGAGUGUGUGUGUGUUUGUUUGUGGAUGAUGCAUGUCUGACAAGGUUGAUGCUUGUUGCACUACUUGUGUGUAAUUACUAUUUACUAUCAUAAAGUGUAUGAAUGACCUGUAUAUUACAAAAACAAGUAUACAAAAUUAAUACAAAAAUAAAAAAAUUUGAA